AUGUCUGUUACAUUGCACAGUGAUGUCGGCGACCUUAAAAUUGAACUAUUUUGUGAACAAUGUCCCAAGGCUUGUGAAAAUUUUCUAGCUUUAUGUGCUAGUGAUUAUUAUAAUGGUUGCCUAUUUCAUAGAAACAUUAAGGGCUUUAUUGUACAAACUGGUGACCCUACAGGUACUGGUAAAGGGGGUACAUCUAUAUGGGGUAGAAAAUUUGAGGAUGAAUUUAAAGAAGAAUUAAAGCAUAAUGCUCGAGGAAUGGUUAGUAUGGCAAAUAAUGGACCAAAUACAAAUGGUAGCCAAUUUUUCAUUACAUAUGGAGAACAACCACAUUUGGAUUUAAAAUAUACCCUUUUUGGAAGGGUCAUUGAUGGUUUUGAAGCUCUUGAUGACUUAGAAAAGAUGCCUAUCAAUCCUAAAAACUUUAAACCUUUAAGUGAAGCCAGAAUAACAUCAGUUACAAUACAUGCAAAUCCCUUAGCUGGAUAA